AUGCAACAAAAUUUCUAUAGUAAUUAUACUAAUAACAAUUAUUAUAAUAAUUUUAAUAAUAAUUAUAAUAUAAGGAAUAACCAUUAUUUAAAUACAAAUGAUCAUUCUAAUAAACCACCAAUGCCAGAAUUUAAAAAAAAAUAUAUUCCAACAUUUUUAAAUAAAUUAAUUGGUUUACCACCAUCUCAUGAUCCAGUUAGUUUAUUAAAAUUUAAAUUAAAAGUUUUAAAGAUUUUAGUAAUAUGUUUUGGUUUUGUUGCUAUGACCACUUCCCUUUCAAUUAUUAAUUUUGAAUCAAGAUCAACAUCAUUCAAACUUGAACACCAAAAUCAAACAUAUGUACCAUCAGUUUACUUAUUUUUUGAAGUUCCAAACUAUAAAGACAUAUUCGGAUUUGAAUUUUUAAGGGAAAACGUUGCAACAGGAGCAUAUGAUGAAAUGGUUGUUCAAGGAUUAAACUUAAAUGAUACAGAAGGUUUUACAAAAUCUGGUGUAUUUCAAAAUUGUGUAGAUACACCAGAUUUCAAAGAUGGUUUCGUUAUUUUAGAUAUUUUAGAUGGUUGUUUAUAUUUAUAUGAAAAUGAACAAUUACUUAUAAAUAUUUAUAAAUAUUCAACAAAUGAUAUAGAUCCUUGGUUUAUUUCUAUAUAUAUUGAUGAUCAACCAUUCUAUUUAGACAGUACUGUUCAAAUGUCAACCUCAUUAACUAAAUCAAUUGUAACCAGCCAAAAUGGUGACACAACUGAAAAAUAUAAAUUAUCAAGAGCAAUGAGUUACCCCCAGAAAAAUGUAACAGUAGGUGAUUUAGUCUGUGAUAUAUAUUCCUAUGGCAUUUUUUUUUCAAGUCACUUUGUGUUGCAAGAAAAAACUCAAACAAACUUUUUAGUAAUAAUUUCAAUUCUUUCUAAUAUUGGUUCAUAUAUUUCAUAUUUAUUUAUUGGUUCAGAAGUUAUCUUUACUAUGAUAACAAAGUUUCUUAUUAGAGACAAAUCUGCAUGGGUGGAUGAUGAUGUAAGAGAAUGUAUAAUUUAUCAUUCAAAUCAAAUUAAUACUGAUAAUUUAUUAAGUGAAAAUGAAAAUAAAAAUGAUGAUGAUGGUGAUGAUGAUGAUGACAACAUCAAUGGUAAUAAUAAUAAUAAUAACAAUAAUAAUAAUAAUAAUAAUAAUAAUAAUAAUAAUAAUAAUAAUAAUAAUAAUAAUAAUAAUAAUAAUACUGAUGGUAAUGAUACUGAUGGUAAUGGAAAUAAUGAAGAAAGUGUAGAACAAAAUCAAGGAAUAAAUGAUGACCAAAUAGAAUUAGAGGGUGAUAAUGAAGAUGGAGAUGAAGAUGAAGACAAUCCAAUAAACCCAUUAAUUAUGAAGGAUCAACUGGAAGAAGAAGAUGAAAGAGAUGAAGAAAGAAAUAAUUACUUUAUUUUAAAAGAUAGAUCAAUAAAAUGA